AUGGGGUCGAUGUCCCAGCAGCUCGGUGAUAAGGGUCAGACGGAGGAUGUGAAUCUGAGUGAAGGUCAACCAGGUCAGCGCUCCUUCAGUGAACCAGCAGAUGGCCCCCGGGGGCGCCCUGAGACCCUGCAGUUGGAUAUGAUUGAAAGCACAGGACAUCACAAAAAAAGAAAUAGGAAAACCAGCUUUUCCAGGAGAGUUUACACAGGGGAAGACCGCAUGGGGGAUGAUGCUCUUGAUGCAGAGCCGCUCACAUCUCUGCGGAGGCCCCACUGUUCAGCUGCCACCCAGAAGUUCCUCUCUCACAUGCCGAGCUGCAGCGCUGGGAAAUAUAAUUCAACAGUAGUGUCCAACAAGAAGGACCAGCUGGUGGCCGACCUCCGGGGCCUCUCUGUGAGGGAGGGCAAGCGGAAGCUGCGGGCCAUGCCACUCAGCCUGGGCAGUAAGAUGGGGCUCAGCCGACUUGCUUUUAGGGACGUAGGUUCAACUACCAGCAGAGUUAUUCAAUGCUGCGGUGGUCACAGUGGGCACAUUCUAAGGGUGAGUACAAAUGUUGUGCUGAUAUGUGAUGAGGUACAAAUGAGUAUAUGCAUCAGUCGCACGCUCAUGUUUUUCUCCCCUCAGACUUGUCGUCAAUGCCUGUUCCGCUGCUUCAGCCUCCUCGGCUCCCUCCGGCUGUGGCAUUCAGCCAUGAAGAGGGUGAGGGGACGUUUCGGAACAGGAGUGCUCUCCUAUUUCCUGUUCCUCCGAAUCCUCCUGGGCCUUAACCUCCUGCUCUUCAUCAUCAACGGCCUAUUCGUGGUCAUUCCUCAAGCCAUCCACCCUCCUCCUCCUAGUAAUAGCUCUGACACUUUCACUGGUCUUGAGCUUUUAACAGGCAAGGGCUACUUCUCUCAUAGUGUGAUGUUCUAUGGCUACUACACCAACACCAACCUCACAACUUGUCAUGUUAGUGACUAUACUAACCCAUCUUUGUGCCAAACGGGGACAUACAACAUACCUGCAGCCUACCUCCUCACCAUCGCCUCCACCUUCUUCGUUAUCUUAAUCAUCCUGGUGUACAGCAUUUCCAAGUCCUUCGGGAGAAGUUUUCACGUCCUCAAGUCGAAAGGGAAUUUGGCAGUAAACGUUUUCUGCGCCUGGGACUUCAAACUGAGCAAGAAGACGUCUGUCAGAUUUCAGUCUGAGAAAAUCAGCAAUCAGCUCAAAGAGAUUCUGUCUGAGAUGAUCACAGGAGACGGUGAAAAGAGCUGCAACCAGCGACUCUGCCACCUCAUCGUGCACUUGGUGGCGUGGACUUCUUGUCUGGCCAGCAUCGCCCUGGUUGCCAUGGGGAUGCACUUCCUGUCAGAGGACAUCAUUAAACCUGAAAGAGACACUCAGUUGCUGCUCUUGCCUGCAGUGGUGUCGGGAAUCAACCUGCUCCUCCCGGGCCUCUUCAACCUGUGUGCCUGGGUCGAGAAACACGACUCACCCAGUGUCAGUGUCCAUGUUUCCAUCUUCAGGAACCUGUUGUUGAAGAUCACUAUUGUUGGAAUGCUGUGUUACCGCUGGCUGGGGAGAAUUUCUGAGGAACAAGAAAGGCAUUUGCAGUGCUGGGAGAACUUUGUGGGUCAGGAAGUGUACCGCCUGCUCCUGAUGGACUUCAUCUGCACGUUGCUUUACACCUUUCUGGGAGAGUUCCUGUGGAGGCUCUUUACCAAGCAAGUACGGGGAAGGGACAGAAAGCCAAAGUUUGACAUUGCCCGUAAUGUGAUGGAGCUCAUUUAUGGACAAACUCUUACUUGGAUCGGGGUGCUGUUUGCUCCACUUCUACCCGCAGUGCAAAUUAUAAAACUGCUUGUGCUGUUUUACAUCAAGAAGGGCAGUCUGAUGGUAAACUGUCAGGCCCCCAGCAAGCCCUGGAGGGCCAGUCAGAUGACAACCCUGUUCAUUACUAUGUUGUGUUUCCCGUCAUUUGUCGGCGCUGCCGUGUCUGUCUCUUACACGAUUUGGACGCGUAAACCCUCAUCAGGGUACGGACCAUUCAGGAAUCUCGUCACCAUGUCUGAGUCCGGGAGGCUGUGGGCCCAGGGGCUGAAGAAAGCCCACCCAGGCUUGUCUUGGCUCAGCACGGUCUACAACGUUCUGGUGGAGAACCCAGUUUUCUUAUUCCUCGCCAGUGGAGUCUUCUUAUUGGUGAUAUACUUUCACGCCCAAGUUGUUGAUGGCCAAAAGAAAAUCAUCAGUCAGUUAGAAACUCAAAUAGAAAACGAGGGUAAGGACAAACAGUUCCUCAUCACCAAACUGCAAGCGACUUGUGAAUAGAAUAGUCUGGUUUGUCAAAGAUAAGGUUGUGGCUGAGCAGCU